UGGCCAACAAGGGCAACAUAAGGAAACAACAUGUAUUUUUACAAAUGUUUGCUAAUCCUCGCAGUUGUGAGUGCAUCGUGUGCUCAGAUUAGGCUUGAGGAUGCAUCAAAUAUACACUUGGGUCUGGAGAGCGUUUUUCAAGCACAAAAUUUGGAACUGGGCUUCCCCACGCACCAGGAACGCGAGCGUGCUCUGCGUGAAGGUCUAUAUAAUCCAGACAGCGUAAUUCCCAUCGAUGUGGAUGUGUACUAUAAACAUGGCGACAAGACACCUAGCAUUUUUGUGACCAUACCGCGUUUCGGCAAGGGCGUGCCCUAUUCCCUUGCCUAUGUCACUAAUGAAGCGAAGCCCAAUGGAACCGAAUUGAUGGCAUAUCCCAGCUACGAUUGGCACAAAACUCACGGAGCCGAUUGCAAUGGCCUGACUUCAGUUUAUCGCACCCAAAUUGAUGAAUGCGGACGGAUGUGGAUCUUGGACAGUGGUGAGAUUGAUUUUGUGCAGCACUGCGCUCCACAGAUUUAUGCUAUCGACUUAGAGAGCGGCAAGGUCGUCCACCAUUACCGCAUGCCGCAGCGUUUGUAUAAAGUGGGUGUUAGCCGGUUCGUCACGCCCACAAUCGAUCUAGACGCCCAUAAUUGUGACGUGGGCUUUGUCUAUAUGGCCGACUCAAUUGGCGAUGGUAUUGUAGUCUACGAUGUUGCCAAGCAGCAGUCGUGGCGCAUCGAAAACAAAUACACCUUCCCGCAUCCAGAUUUUGGCACUUUUACCAUAGCUGGAGAGAGUUUUCAGCUUUGGGAUGGUACGGUUGCAUUGACCCUGACGCCCCAUGCUUUGGGUACCAGACGAAUGCUAUAUUUCCAUUCGUUGUCAAGUGACUGGCAAAUAGCGAUUCCAUUACAGGUAGUGAACAAUGCCAGCAACUGGAAGCUGAACGAUGUCAGCGCUGCAUUGGACCAGUUUAGAGUACUGGGCAAGCGGGGCAGCCAGUGUGUGGCCGCUGCCAUGAGUGAAACCGGCACACUUCUCUGCGGGCUCGUGCAACCAAGCAGCAUUCUAGGCUGGAACAUAGCGACGCCUUAUAAACAGGAAAAUUUAGUCAUGCUGGUCGAGGACGAGGAGCGGCUACAGUUUGUGAGCGGCCUCAAAAUUGUUCGCAAUCACGAGGGCAAAGAGGAAUUGUGGGUGCUAUCCAAUCGACUGCAAAAGGCUUUUGGAGCCGGUCUAAACUUUAAAGAAACCAAUUAUCGCAUUCAGAAGUGCGGCGUACACGAAUUGCUGAGCGGAAAAGCUUGCUAUUGAUGCCCUAUGUU